CGGCAAGAAGCAGGAGGAACCAAUGCCAGAGUGACGGAGUUCUUGAACUUCCUUUUAUGCAGACGGACCGUCGGACCUGAGAAAAGUCGGUUGCGGCAUGCGAGGCUGACGUUGAAUUGCUUAGAUAAAUAUUAUGUAUGUCGUUUGUACAAUUUGAUUGCGAAUAAAAAGUUAAGUUAAUUGGGACUAUGAAUCUACCGGCAAAGUUCCAGUUUGCUUUCGCUCAACGUACACUUGUGCUGGAUCUGGCAGCGUCUAUUUUUCGACCAUCUGUUUUGAAUCAAGCCCCAAUUCUUGGCACAUUAUUACCCAAUGCAAGACAGUACAGGUCUAUGCCAACCCAUGGAAUUGGCCGAUAUAAGUACCUUUUACCAAAAGAAGCGGCCAAGAAGAAGAAGGAUAAGAUACAAAUGAGACCAAUCAAAGCUGCAACAGAACUUGAAUAUGGAGAUUUGAACAUAGAGGUUUUUGGCCAUGACAUGACCCUUGUGGAGCACUACUUGCAAUACAUCCACAACCUUUGUAACCGGCUAAAGAUCAAAGUUGUUGAAAGCUAUGCUCUACCAACCAAGAGCACAGAAAUUUUGUCUUUGCAGGAGAAAGGUGGCAAGAUGAGUGUGGAUGCUGUGCUGAAGACUCAUCAGCGUGUCAUCCAGCUGACUGCUUUGAACGCCACAGUUUGCCCUGUUUUUAUUGAAGUUUUGCUCCAAAACCAGCCAGAGGGAGUUGAUCUCUCUAUAAAGGAGCACACCGAGGCAGAUUUCACAAGCCGAUUCAAAACACGACCAGAACUAGAAGAGCUGAUGGCAAAACUCUGAUGAAAAGAAGAAACACCCAACAUUCCCUGUCUCCUAACCAACACCUGAGUCCCUCCUAGUUCCCUCCUGUGAACUGAGAGAUGUUAAUAUGUUUUAUGUAAUUAGCUGUUCUGUUGUUUUUCUUUCCUAUUGUAAUCAUACAUCAAUGUGUAUCCUCUGAUCCAUGGCUAAAUUAAAAAUGGUUAUGUUAAUUAUGAUGAAGAAUUAAUUUGACAGUUUGUCCUUUCCACAGUGAAAUUUUGUUGUGUCCACAAGGUGGUGGUGACACCAUUUAUAAAGCCCAGCUGAUGUCUUUAGUUCCAGGUCACAGCUUCUGAUUCUUCCAAUUUGUUUCUGUGAGCAACUGCCAGGACAGUCCCCAGGGGAAAAGUUUCAUGGUUCUUUUUUCACAUUAGCAUGACAUGACAAAUGUUUUACCACAUGUGAGUUUUAUUCAUUAACAUCAGGGGUGGGGUGAAAGAAUAGAUUAAAGGAUAAUAUUCAAAUGAUUUUCACCGAGAGAACCAUUAUCCUGUUGUUACUUUAGAUUGCAAAGUAUUGUAUCCCCUCUCAGGAAUAUGCUGUCACAUAACCCUUUUUAUUAAAAUGACUAUAGUAUAAAAAUUAA